AUGUUUGACCACCGUAAUAAUCCCCGAAGUACUUAUGUUUAUCAUUCCGGCGAUGGCUUUCUUUUGUGUUCUAAAAGGAGACGGCGUUCUGGUGAGAGGUCUAAUCUAUCACACUAUGUAUUCAAUCCUACCACAAGACAAUUUGCAAUUAUACCUCCACCUACUGACGAUGCAAAAUGUUAUUAUGUGAUCAACCAAAAUCCUGAUGAUCUGGACAUGGGCAUUGUCUUCCCUGAUAUGUCUCGUGACCAAAGUACCGAUAAAUCCAUAGUAGUCAAUACCAUGGAGAAAGGCUGCCCAAAACGAUUUGUUAAAUACUGCCUCCAUAUGAAUGCUGCUGUAAUGGCAUAUCUUGAGGUAACAAAAGGUAAAGAUCCUUCAGAGUUACCAUUUUCAUCAGAGAAAGGAUUAUUUGAUUUAUUGUUGUUUAUCCAGGGGAACGACGAAGAAGGGCCAUUUCUGGUGAUGAGAAUCGCCGGGGAGAUCAUAUCUUUCAACUGCACUGAGACAAAAGAUUACCUUUUGGGUGACUUUGAUUUUAGAGGGUUUCAGAUAUCCGGGGAUGGGGAUAUUUCUGACCCUUUCAUUGCUUCCCUGACUUCUUAA